AGCAGGAGACUUUUGAGCUGGGUUUUGAUGGCUGAGAAGCAUUCUCAGGCCAAGGGAAGGAGGUGAGCCAAGGACCAGCUUGAUUGUGGAGACUUGCACCCUGAGGAAGCUUUUAUUGAAUGACUGCAUGCAUAAUAAAUUAAGGUCCCACAGACCCUGCUAGUGGACUGUCUGUGAUAAAAUAGAGUGUAUGGACAGGCUCCAGAUGGGGAACUAUCAACCCCUUGAGAUGGGCAGCAGUGAACUCCUUCCCAUUGCAGAAAGUGACAAGAGGAAGAAGAAGAAGCGGAAGGCCCGGGCCACUGACUCCUUGCCAGGAAGGUUUGAAGAUACGUACAAGCUGACCUCUGAAUUGCUUGGAGAGGGAGCCUAUGCCAAAGUUCAAGGUGCCGUGAGCCUGCAGAAUGGCAAAGAGUAUGCUGUCAAAAUCAUCGAAAAACAAGCAGGGCACAGUCGGAGUAGGGUAUUUCGAGAGGUGGAGACGCUCUAUCAGUGUCAAGGAAACAAGAACAUUUUGGAGCUGAUUGAAUUCUUUGAAGAUGACACAAGGUUUUACUUGGUCUUUGAGAAAUUGCAAGGAGGCUCCAUCCUGGCCCACAUCCAGAAGCGGAAGCACUUCAAUGAGCGAGAUGCCAGCCGAGUGGUGCAGGAUGUUGCUGCUGCCCUUGACUUUCUGCACACCAAAGGCAUUGCUCACCGGGAUCUGAAGCCGGAAAAUAUAUUGUGUGAAUCUCCAGAAAAGGUGUCUCCAGUGAAAAUCUGUGACUUUGACUUGGGCAGUGGGGUGAAAGUGAACAACUCCUGCACUCCUAUAACCACACCAGAGCUGACUACUCCAUGCGGUUCUGCAGAAUACAUGGCCCCCGAGGUGGUGGAGGUCUUCACGGACGAGGCCACAUUUUACGACAAGCGCUGUGACCUGUGGAGCCUGGGCGUGGUCCUCUACAUCAUGCUGAGUGGCUACCCCCCCUUUGUAGGUCACUGUGGGGCCGACUGUGGCUGGGACCGGGGAGAGGUCUGCAGGGUGUGCCAGAACAAGCUGUUCGAGAGCAUCCAGGAAGGCAAGUAUGAGUUUCCUGACAAGGACUGGGCACACAUCUCCAGUGAGGCCAAAGACCUCAUCUCCAAGCUCCUGGUUCGAGAUGCAAAGCAGAGACUGAGCGCUGCCCAAGUUCUGCAGCACCCAUGGGUACAGGGGCAAGCUCCAGAAAGGGGACUCCCCACGCCGCAAGUCCUCCAGAGAAAUAGCAGCACAAUGGACCUGACCCUCUUCGCAGCCGAAGCCAUCGCCCUUAACCGCCAGCUGUCUCAGCACGAGGAGAAUGAACUGGCAAAGGAGUCAGAGGCACUGGCCGAGGGCUUCUGCUCUGUGAGGCUUUCUCCUCCCUCCAAGUCGCGCCUGGCUCGCCGGAGGGCCCUGGCUCAGGCAGGCCGCAGUGGAGAUGCAGGACCAUGCCCGACACCCACAGCACGCUGACCCACUCCAGUCACACCCUCCAGGCCCUAGGCCUGUCCAGGCAUUGCCCCCCUGCAAACCUGUGAGGCCAAAGUCUGCAGAGCAGGCAGAGGGACCUGCUCUGCGGCUCCAUGCAGGCCUUUUCAUCCAUGAAGGCCCUGGGUUCCCACCUAACCCCCCAUCCCCAGAGUCCUCAAGGAAAAAGCUUUUUCCGAAAGGGUUGUCUUUGAAAAGGAAAGCAAUCACUCGUCACUUUGCAUAAUCGCCUGCGGCAGGGACAUCUCUUUGCUGGUCUCCUGCCCACCUGCUCACCCGCCUGCGGAUCCAGGAUCCAGCCUGCUCUCAUGGGCAGGCAGCGGUGGGGCUGGGGCUGCAGCCUUCAGGGAGCCAGGCUUGAGAAGUGUCAGUUGACAGAAGCUCUUCCCUCUCUGCACUGUCACCCCUCUCUGGCAGUCCUUCCACCUUCCUCUGUCCUCUGGACAUCCUCCCCCUCGGCUGAGCAAAGCCGUCCCCUCAAUUCAGGGAAGGGCAGGGAGCCUUCUGCAUUCGGGAAGCCAGAUCAGUCUUCCAGUCUGUAGCACAGAGAAGCAUUUAAUCUUUCUUUGCCAUGACCGAAGUGUGUCCCUCAUUUAUCAUCUUCUUCCUUGUUUGAGAUUGCUGCUAAAGUCAGUAUUAUUUCUUUUAAAAAAAAAUGUUUGUUUUUUUAACCAUGCUCUUCCAGCAAAGAUGGGACUUGAAACUCCCACUGGAAGCCCAUGGACUUUCAGAGCUGUAAGGGCUCGUUCUUCUCUCCUGAAUGUCCGUGCAUUUGAAAGGUUUUAAUCAGCUGUUUCCUUUUAUUCUAACUGGUUUUAAGCUGUUCGGAUGAUGAGCUACUUAGAGCCCACGUCUGCUGGUCCCUCCGGCCUGGUGUGAGGGCAGUUAGAAGGAGCUCUGUGCCUGAUGUGGAGCCGGAUUGGAGGCGGCCUGGCCGCCUUGGUCUGAGCCAUGUGGUACUGCUGCCGCGAGCACAGAGGAACAUCCAGUGUCAGAUACGCUGAGCUGCUGAGUUACCUUAAGAAAAUCGAUUUGCGUAUGUCAGACAGACGUUUCUACAACACGACGCUAUUAUACAUUGUGCUUGUUUUAAUAAAACUUUUAAAUUCU